UUUUGUUUGUUUUCCGCCAGGCCGCUGGGGUGUGUUUGUGGCAACGUCCUGAACAGGUGUUUCGGGCCAUCCAGUCUGCGCCUUGCCGAAGUGCACUUCGGAACAUUGUUGCAAAGUGUCUGUGAUAUGAACCAGUUCCUAUGACGCCUGCUGCUGUAUACAAGCCCGCUGCUCGCCGUAUUUACAGGCAGCGUUCCAGAGAGUCAAGGUUUCGCCGUUUUGUGGUUGUUCGUCCGUGGACUUGAGCGCGUAUGCCUUAUAGGUUGCCCCUCCUUGGCGUUGCCGAGGCUGCACUGAUAACGAGGAAAAUAAACUGUUCGAGUCCGAGUGAUCAGAGAUAACGCGUGAUGCUUAGUGUCGACGCCGUCCAGGUAGAACCGUAUCUGUGAGUGGGAAGCGGCGUUGGUUCGAAAUGGGUUGCCGGCGGUCAUGUCUGCGCUGUCUUGCCCGAGUGCCCUUUGCCACCCUGGUGGCCACUGUCAUGUGCGUUGCGGGGGUGGUGAUAUUUCUCGGCGCUGUGCUGCGCGCAGUAGACUCCACAAUACGAAUGCUGGAGGUUGUCUUUGAGCGCCGCUCUCCGUAUGGGCCCUCUGAGCUGCGCGCAGCUGCUCUGGUGGCAGCAGCGCUGAUGGGUCUUCUAGAGCUGUGCCUGCUGCUGGUGGGCUGCCUGACAACGGGGCCUACGCGUGAGCGCCUGGGAAACCGGGCUCGUGUCGGAGGCCGGCUGUCGUGUGCACUGCUGCUGGCCCUGUCGUACCUGGCUCUGCUGGCAUGGCUUGUGCUGGCCCUGUUCAUGGCCAUUUCGGCUCUCCUCUGCGCUCUUGCUGGGGCACUGUGCAAUCAGCUGAAGCAGGAACAGCAGUGCCUGGACUUGAGGCAGUUCGAGUUCCUGAUAAGCCAGGAGACGACGCCGCUGCGACACACGGGCGAGCCAUUGCUCCUGCUGUGUGGGGCACAGCGCAAAGAGUUCUGCAAAGACUGGGUGGAACCUUCAAGCCUGCUUCUGUGGCUUGGAGCUGCAGCUGCGCUGUUGGUGCUGCUGGGGCUGGUGCAACACCUCAUGUGCCUUGCAGCAAAUUACGCGCACCUGCGCGACCAGCAGAAGCUGCUCGACUUGCAGCUGCUUCAAGACCUACAGGACACUGAGAUGACCACGCUGGGAUCCAAGGACCGCUUCUGAGUGUUUCUGCUUGUCUUCUGUCACAACGGAUGGCUCCAGGAGAGCCAUUGCAUUCCAUCUCUUGACAUGGGAUUAUGGGUAGUGUUUUCCAGCCUUGGUGGCCACUUUCGAGUGGAAGGGGUCCGCAAAGCCUCAUGUACCAAGAUUCUGGUACACUUUCAAGGAGCACUCAUAAACGCAAUUUCUACGUUGUCGAAACUCUACCACAGGCGGGGCCACAGACAGAGGAGCGGCAAGACGAUACCAAGCAGUUCUAUUUCGUCCUUUGUCCCCUCCUUGUGUUAUUAAUCUGUCAUUAAGCAAUGACAAGCCCAAGCUGCUCUCAUAAUAUACCACAAGCAUCUAACACAUACGAGAGUGGCAUUCGUGAAGUAUUAAGGUCAGGAGUCACGUAUAUUUUUAUUUGGUAAUGAUGUUCAUCUCAAAAUACCAUUUUGAUGUCAUGAUAAGGAGCGAAAAUUGCUCUUGUAAGGCUGCAUAUGAUAAGAUAGCUCAUAAGCACAUUUAAAAAAAUGAUUAAUCCUGACACUUGCUGGUGCAGUGUUUCAUGCCAAGUUGUAUCAGAUUCAAGAUUAUUCACUCAGAUAAGGUGUUUUUCUGGAAAAGAUUCCAGUAACACUCUUCUGAAAGCCUUGACAGUAAAGCAUGGUCUAAAUUUUCAUGCUAUGGCAUUUCUUUUCUGUGUUUUAAUUUAUGGUGAUGACCCCAUUUUGUAGAUUACAUUAGAAAAAACAAAAGGUGUUGUGGUGUCUGACGUAGUGUUUAUUUUUCUUCUUUUUUUUUAACAUCUCGCAUUUUUAUUGGAGGCAUAAACUGCCCUUUUGAAAACACCAGUUUCAAAGAGCCCGUAAUGUUGCGUCACCCCAAGUAAUUUUGCACAUAUUUCACCAAGAUAUGUCCAAUAUUUAACCUUUUGAAAAGUACUCAGAUAAUUGCAGAUAUGCCUAAAGCACAACUCUCUUGCAAGUCUGCUCUUUUUAGUGAUGCAGGAAUGUUUAUAUCCACGAUUUUGCCAAGGCAGUCAAUAACUUGACAACGUAUGCGAGAGUUUUUAAGCUCUGCACCAUCAGCAAACUUGUAUUGAUUCCAAGCAGCUUUGACGGCUGUUCUUGCUUUGGCAGUAGAAAACCAAGGUCUACAAUGUAUCUUAAUCAGGAGGCAACAAGUGCACAGCAUACACAGUACUCAAGAGUGGCAGAGAAAACUUGCAUUCAUGCAGUGCGCGAGUACAGUUGAAACCCGCGACUACGAAAUCCCAAGGGAAUGAAAUUCUCACUGCAACGAAAUAUUUUCAGAGCACCGGUGAGUCAAUGCAUUUCAUAACUCGCGACUAUGAAAUAUUAUUUUUACCACUGUCCCUCAUUAACGGAAUCUUUGAAACAAGAGUGCACAAAUAAUCCAUUCCUGUAACAUUAACUACAUUCAAAAACUACUCAACUGCAUUCGUGGUACACUCAAAGUGCGUAGCCACCCUCAAUGUUAAAAAAAAAAACGACUGGCAAGAAUGAUGAUGAUGGUUUCCUUGUCAGUACAGGUGACUGCACAGUGUCCCAACCAAAAUUGCAUUUAAUUAGCAUCACCAACUACAAUUUCUUAAAGCAAACCACAAUAAUCUGAGGUGACUUUGCAGUGGGCACGUGUUAAUAUUUUAAUGGCCUGACACAGAAACACAUGCUUGUUAUGCUAAAUCAUAAUCACAGACUACGCAACCAAAUCCACAUCCACAUGGAGUUUUGUUUGUUGGCUUCGUCGGCAUUGUGUACCCGUUGCUGGACACCUGGGUACCUGUUGCUGGAUGCCCUGGACACAAUUCACUCGUGUUUUUGGUGAGCACAAUGACGACGUGCCAGUGGAUUACUUUUUAUAAUGAGAGUCAACAGCUAUAAUUUGCUGCAGGGAAAGGCUCGGGAAAGUAAGCUUACUGACUUCUGCCAAUAAAAUGUGUUUUAGUCAAUUCCUUAUUUUUUCUGCCGCAUUCUCGCGCCAAUGAAAUUCCUGCAAGAGCGAAUUUUUUCGCUUUCCCCGUCGAUUUCGUUAUUGCGGGUUUCAACUGUAUUCCCAGAAAACGGAGCAAUCAUUGCAUUGCACAAGCCUGUAACUUUGGCCUUGUAUUAUCUGCUAUCUGUAGAUGGAGCGUAUGCUUCUGAAAGAUAAAAUUGACCAAUUUUAUGUGUUAGGCAUCCCGGUUUUCAGAAGCCACAAGCAAUGUGCAAUUAGUUUUAUUAGUCAUUAUAUCUGCAUUUCUUAUGGUGCUAGCGAAGGUGUAUGACUUAUUGUGCUGCUAUACAGUCCCUUGUGUUAUGAGCACCAAUGGCAGCUUUGGGAAUAGUGUGUGAUAAAGAAUGCUUUGAAUUGCUUUUGACAUGCUUUGAAAUGCUUUGACAUAAUGGCACGUGAAAGCUCAAAGGACAGGUGUGUAGUGAUAGUGUUGAAUCAUUUUAUCCGAUUGUGGUUUGUGUGCAGCUGAAGUUUUGUGCCUGUGUUCAGUUUCUGUGGUAAAGUCCAGUAUUGCUGUUAUGUACGAACAUGCAAAUGCUAGCCAUCGUUGCUUUUUUUUUUUUUUAUCGGGAAGUAUUUGAGGCUUGGAAUGGUGGCCAAACUCAAACUAUGCUUCAAGCAUUGUAUGUUGAACACUGCACUGUGCACCAUGGAGGAAGGAAAGCAAAAGGGAGCAUCGUGUGUUACAUGACUUUACAAUGUCAGCACUCCACGAAGCCGUCCCAUGUAUCUGAAUGAGAGCUCAAUACACAACUUUGGUGUCUCGAGCUUUGUCCAGGGAAUUCUCUGAAUGAAAAUUGUGCUUGGUUCCCAUCACGUUUCUAUUGAUGAAUUACCUCCUUGGAUCAUUAGCCAGCUGCUUUAGGUAUGUUUUAUUCUGAUAUAAUUGUAGAAUCUGUAUAUUCCUUGCUAAACAUGUAGCUAGUUUUCUUCGGUGCUGCAAAUGUGGCUACCACACUUAGUCAUAUUUUGAUUGCAUCCUUGUGAAUAUUGCAUGCGAAGUGAAACAGUGGCUGAACCGAAAACCUACUGUGGCAUGAUUACACUGUGACAUUAUUUUUCCUUCCUCUAUGGUUGCACACACACUCGUCAACAUCAAGCUGGUGUCAAGACUGCACUUGUGUUUCACUGCCUCAAUGCAAUCAGCUCAUUUUCUACAUAUUGCGCUCAUUUAGAGAGUUUAUUCUUUUAUUUCAUUUGGGACAAGGCAUCACCCGCCAGCUAGUACGAUCUGACACGUGGCACCAGGCAUGCCCAACCAUGUAAGGGUUGUCGUAAAUAAGACUCUGGUGGAUGAUAUUGCCCAUUUUAUUUUUUUGCUUAUAUACAUUCAGUGUUUCUUGAGAUCGGUCUGUACUGGGCAGCUUUUGCAAAGACGUGAUUCUGUUGUAGUGGUAAAUGAUGCCUGUGGCUUUCCGUCCAAGGAGCCCUUGCUUUGUAGCAGGGAGUUGCCAAAUGUGAUGUAGCAUUUCUUUUUGUUGUUUUUAUCGCUCUCUGCCUCCUUCCUUUUGUAGCCAAUAAAAAAUGGCAGGCUGUGGUUUAUU